CCCCCUCCCCUCUUUCCCAGCCGCCGCGGCCCCCCGAAAAAAGCCGAGAAGCGCAGCCCAAAGUCUCCGCCGGGGCGAGCGUGUGGUCCCUGGGCCGAAGGGGGCUCGGGGCCGCCUGAAUGUACAACAUGAUGGAGACCGAGCUGAAGCCGCCGGGCCCGCCGCAGACUUCGGGGGGCGGCGGUGGAGGAGGAGGAGGAGGGGCGGCUGCAGCGGCUGCAGGCGCCAACCAGAAGAACAGCCCCGACCGGGUGAAGCGGCCCAUGAACGCCUUCAUGGUCUGGUCCCGCGGGCAGCGUCGGAAAAUGGCCCAGGAGAACCCCAAGAUGCACAACUCGGAGAUCAGCAAGCGUCUGGGCGCCGAGUGGAAACUCUUGUCGGAGGCGGAGAAGCGGCCCUUCAUCGACGAGGCCAAGCGGCUGCGGGCCCUGCACAUGAAGGAGCACCCGGAUUAUAAAUACCGGCCGCGGCGGAAAACCAAGACGCUGAUGAAGAAGGAUAAGUACACGCUGCCGGGGGGGCUGCUGGCCCCGGGAGGCACCGGCCUGGCCGGCGGGGUCGGGGUCGGGGCCGGCCUGGCCGCCGGGGUCAACCAGAGGAUGGACGGCUACGCGCACAUGAACGGCUGGACCAACGGCGGCUACGGCAUGAUGCAGGAGCAGCUCGGCUACCCGCAGCACCCGGGCCUCAACGCGCACAACGCUGCGCCCAUGCAGCCCAUGCACCGCUACGACGUCAGCGCCCUGCAGUACAACUCCAUGACCAGCUCGCAGACUUACAUGAACGGCUCGCCCACCUACAGCAUGUCUUACUCGCAGCAAGGGACCCCCGGCAUGGCGCUGGGCUCCAUGGGCUCCGUCGUCAAGUCGGAGUCCAGCUCCAGCCCCCCCGUCGUCACCUCGUCCUCCCACUCCAGGGCGCCCUGCCAGGCCGGGGACCUCCGGGACAUGAUCAGUAUGUAUCUCCCGGGGGCCGAAGUGCCGGAGCCCGCGGCCCCCAGCAGACUGCACAUGUCCCAACACUAUCAGAGCGCUCCCGUCCCCGGCACAGCCAUUAACGGCACCCUCCCGCUGUCGCACAUGUGAGAGACGGACCGGGACGGCAGAGGGGACGGAAAAAACUAAAACAAAACAAACAAACAAACAAAAAAACCAACAAAAAAAAAACAACGAAAAAAAAAAGGAAAAG